CGAUGAGGUCUCCGAUUCAUUCCCAAAGCAUCUCGGUUAUCACACCAACGCCGUUGUCACCAUGUCAUCUUUCGAUACAUCAAUUGUGCAGUCGGAAAGGCUGUUUCCAAGAACAAAGUCAACCUCGGAGCAGGCGACAGCACUCUCACUGUUGGACGCCACCACGGCCAACUUUGCGCUCACCAACGCCAUUUGGCUGUUUGAGCGCCCUGAGCUUGCCGAUGAUGAGAACUUCAACCUCGAGGACCACUUUCGCCAGUCACUCCGGGUUGCCCUCGAUGCCUAUCCUCAAUGGUGUGGUCUUAUUAAGGCUAUCACCACAGUCGACGGUCACGUUCAAGACGAAGCGAAGAACUUCCCUCCUCAUUCCCAACGCUACGGCCGUGUCUAUGUUCACUACGGAACCUCACAAGAUCAAGGAGUAGAGUUUAUCACUACAAAAAGCUCUGCCACCCUCGACGUACUAUAUACAGCUUCGCGCACAACGGAGCAGCCACUGUGGGAUCGCCAGAAAGUUCUGCUCAAAGACUUUGUCCCAUCGACGCCUAUUGCCAGCGCGCUCAAACCAAAUGAACCCAACGAUGUGGGAGUCUGUGCACCUCUCAUGGCCAUCCAGAUCACACAGUUGGCGUGUGGAGGAUUUGUUCUCGCAGCCAAGAUCACGCAUCCCUUGGCAGAUAUUUCGAGUCUGAUUUGCUUUGUCAAAGACUGGGCUCGAGUCAGUUGUCUGACUCUUGCUGGAGAGCCUGAGCCUGUCUUGAGUCCAACGUUUGAUCCGGCCCGAUUGGACACUUUGGCAGCGGGCGAUAUCAACGCCGGCAAGCCAGAGCCCGCCAUUGUUCAGCAAACGGAAGGCUUGCCCUUACACCGGUACGACUGGUGGGCACCGUCUCCAGAUGCCCCCUGGCCGACCAACAUCCCCAACGUGUUCCAAGUCGAUGACCUUGCACCGGCCGGUAAAGUUAUGCCCUGGUCCGAGUGGGAUGUCAGUGCCCCCGUUUCCAACUAUAUCGUGCACUUGGAUCACAACCAAGUCGAGUUUCUCCACAACCAGGCAAGUGAAGACGGUUCUUAUAAAUGCAGUCAGCAUGAUGCUGUGGUGGCUCAUAUCUGGUCGUGCAUCAUCCGCGCUCGCAACUUGGGAGAGGACACCGGUCCAGUUCACUGUGAUCUCGUGUACGGCGUGCGCCCAACAUUGCAGCUUGGCGACACCUUCGUGGGUUCUCCAGUUAUCAUGAUCAAUGUUGAGAUGUCGGGCGCGGAGGUGGCAGCCACCACAGAGUCAGGCGAAAAUGAGAAAACCACGGUCCUGAAGCCCAUUGCUCGGCGUGUACGCGAGACAAUUCGCAAAGUCGGUCAGUCAGCGAAUUUGGCUGCACACUUGCACAGGUUGGCGUAUGAAAAGUCACCUCAGCGGCUAUGGCAGGCGUUCCUAGGUCGGCGUCAUAUCCUUGUAACCAGCUGGGCCCGCGCCGGCAUAUAUGAAGUUGAUUUCGGUUUGGGUUCCAGGAUCCGUUAUGCAGAUGGCGUGGUUCCGGACAUGGACGGGAAUAUUCUCAUCAAGGAGGCGCCUCCAUCCAAGGACACCGCAUCUGGCUCGUCGCAGUCCUGGACAGAAAACGGGGUCGAUGUCUCAGUUCAUAUUUGUGAGGAGGACAUGCAAAGGUUCAUACGAGAUCCCUUGCUGCUUCCAAGAUGUCGCAGUCAAAAAUGAUAUAUCGAUAACUCACCUUGUAGAGAAUGAGGAUUUGCUGGACUCAUUUAGCUUAGGAAAUAAUAAAAAUUUGCCAUUGGGUUCAGAAUCAUCGAUCCCUCCGACCAAAUACUCUCCUUUCACCUUGGUGAUGAUUUGCCAUCCUUGCAGACGUCUGUCAGUGGGCAUGUGAGGGGCGGGGGCGAAAGAUUCUCGUAAAGUUCGCUCUGGCGUGGACACCCUUUUCUUACAUCCCUCGAACACUACUGGGAUCGUGAAAGUAAUGUUAGUCGUUGCGAUGAAGUGCUUGGAAUCUAAUAGCAGUAGGCAUCGGGGAGGCC